CAAUACGAAACCCGACCUCACUUCCCCAUUCUCUCUCUCUCUCCCUCUCUCGUCUCGUACUUUCAUUUCCUUUCGCCGACUGUUCACCAACUGAAGUCUAGUCAAAUCCACUGAAAUCAUCAGAGCAGCAGCAGGAAAAGGAGAUGUUGAGGGACGAGUCGAGCUGCAACACCUACAACUAUAGCGACGCCCUCUACUGGGACGCCCGCUACGUCCAAGAAGGUGGCUCCUUUGACUGGUACCAGCGCUACUCUUCCCUCCGCCCUUUCGUCCGCCACUUCAUCCCCAUCUCCUCUUCUGUUCUCAUGGUCGGCUGCGGCAAUGCCGUUAUGUCCGAGGACAUGGUCAAGGAUGGAUAUGAAGACAUAAUGAACAUUGACAUUUCAUCAGUGGCUAUCGACAUGAUGAUAAGCAAAUAUGAGCACAUACCUCAGCUGAAAUACAUGCAAAUGGAUGUUAAAGAUAUGAGUUUCUUCCCAGAUGAUUCGUUUGACGGUGUCAUUGAUAAAGGAACUCUUGAUUCACUGAUGUGUGGCAACAAUGCUCCAAUUAGUGCUGUUCAAAUGUUAGGGGAAGUGAGCAGGCUUCUUAAACCUGGAGGGAUCUAUAUGUUGCAGAUAACGUACGGUGAUCCUAAAGUAAGAAUGCCUUAUUUGAGACGGCCAGUGUACAACUGGAAAAUUUGUUUGUACAUUAUACCCAGACCAGGAUUCCAAACGCCUGAAGGCUGUGGUUUGUCAUCAAAAUCAGAUCUGGAACCCGUUCCUAUCACCGAGAAGGGCUUACUUCCAGCUGAUUUUGUUUUGGAAGAUCCAGAUUGUCACUUCAUAUAUGUGUGUAAAAAGGACGAUGCGGAGCUAGUAAUGCACCAACAUCAGUUGACAGUUGAUGACUUAUAGUAGUCACUUGCAGCGAAGAUAGCUCGUGCCCUGUAUACUAGCAUUCAGGCGCGUAUCAUAGUCAUUUGUAUGGUAAGUAUUGUUGUACCACCUGCUAAUCGUGUUCGUCCUUGGGGUGUCUGUAAGCGAGGAUUUUGUUCAGUGCAUCUGCCUAGAUCUUAGGCAUGAAAUUCUAAAACAAAUGACUCAAUAAAAUAAAAGCCCCCAUGGACACAUUGUCCUCAUCUUUUGGUUUCAUGUAUUGUAUCAGUUAGCACUAAGUGGCUACCGAGAACACUUGCAAAAUAAAAUUGUGAUAUUAGUUUUUUUUU